UACAGAGAAGCUGUCACUUCUUAUCACUUUCAUGCACUUCUCAGUGUGUGGCAGUGUCAUUUAGACUAAAAAUGCGUGCAUUUGUGUUUGAUCUCUUAUCAAAACUUUCUAAAAGGUUCCAAAUAAAAGUAGCUAAAUAUAUUUCUACGUGCUUUCUGAAAGAAAAAAAAGUUGCCAGAGUAGUCUAAUAAGUUGUUAAAUCUAGCAACAAAAUUGCUAAGUUGGCAUCAGCGCGCACGCUCAAGAAAGCGGAAAUAGAAAUGCGUCUUCCGGGCAACUAACGAAUACAAGCAGCAGGACGGAGAAGCUGGACACACAGUGCCGCAUAUUUUGAUUUUAGGAUAGUUGGGUUACACAAAUAUAUUUUAAGACUUUUGACUGUGUUUCCAAAAUGAGCGACGCCGGGGCGGGUAACUUUAAACCCAGCUGAGACGAUGUGAUAGUACGGUAGCGUUAGCCUGUCACUGUUAGCAAGCGUUAGCACGGUUAGCUAACGUAUGCGUUGACCCGGCAGCUAGUCGGAAAAAAAGUUGUUUUAGACACGGUUAUUUAGGAGAGUAACGCUAUGCUGAUCAGCUAUUAAACAUUUUUGUAGUUUGAAUGUAAAUCAACGAGGCAACCAGUCGGCAGAGUCCGAUGUGUUUCUAUCCGUUAGCGACGUUGCCUGCUUUGAAAAUCGAGCUAGCAAGAGGACGUUAAGUUAGCUUAGCUGAAACAUAAACGACAUCAUCCACCAAACUGGACAAAACAUUGGAUUUAGUCGGCUUUAAAUCGGGCUCGGCGGGUUCGCUGACCCCUCAGAAAAAGAUGAAGAAGAGAAAGGAGCUGAACGCCUUGAUCGGACUCGGGGACAGUAAGAGAAAGAAGACCAAAAAGGGGUCCGGUCACAGACUCCUCCGAACCGAGCCGCCGGACUCGGAGUCGGACUCCAGCUCGGACGACGACGAGUUCAACAACCUGAGCAGCGGAGCAAACUUUGGGAAAAGAAGCUACACGCAGUGCUGCAAUGUCUGCUACCCGUUGUUUCUGUUCAUCAUACUAGCUGCCUGUGUCAUGGCUUGUGCUGGACUCAUAUGGAUGCAAAUUGCUCUGAAAGAAGAUCUGGAUUCCAUGAAAGAAAAGCUGCACAGCAUGGAAUCCAGCCAAAAGGUGUCGUCAAGUGAAAUACCAAAACUAAGUGAGGACCUGAAAAACAAGGAGAGGAAGCUUGACGAUAUUGAGAACGGGGACAAGGGGUUGAGCAAACUCUGGUCUAACCUGACAGAAAUGAACAGAAAGAUCAGUUUGCUGGAUUCUGCUGUAAACCAUUUAAAGGCCAACUUGAAAUCAGCGGCUGAUUUAAUCAGCCUACCCACAACAGUUGAAGAGCUUCAAAAGAGUGUUGCUACAAUCGGCAGCACACUAACAAGUGUACAACACGAUGUGAAGACUAUGCAGGCAGCCCUCGAAAAUAAGAAGAAAGAUGACGAUGGCUUGAAGAAGACAAUGGACUUAAAUGAUCUGAGAAAAGCAGUCAGCGAGGCCAACAAGACAGAGGAGCAGCACCACACCUGGACUGAUGAGCAGAUCCACAUCCUCCUCUCUACGGUCGCAGAUCUUCACGCAAGAGUGUCGUCGUUAGAGAACGGGUCGAAACAAAGCUUAAAGGACAAUGACGCAGAAGAUCAACUGCCACAUCAAGCAACUGAGACGGUGAAAGAAGCUACAGUAAUCAAAGCAACACCUGAGGAUGUGCAAGAGAGAUCCACACCACUGCCAGAGCCACAGACAAGCAGACGUCCACGCUUCUUAACUCCAAACCGCACUAAGAGAAAUGCUGAGACAAGAUGCCCAAAGAGGGUGUCCCUGCCUGGUGUCAGUUCUCUGAAAGACCUGGAGAAAAUCUUCCAGCAGGCAGGCGUCGGACAUAAUUCACUCGGACUGACCUAUCAAGACCUGAGCAAAGUAUUUGGAACGUCAACUCCCAGCGCUCGUACCUUGGAGUGCUUUGACAGUGACGGGGACCAGAGGUAUUCCCGGACGGAGCUGAGAGCUGCUGUAGGCGUGUGAGCACAUCGUCGCUCGACAGCAGUGAACAGUAUUGGAAACCCAGCGGGGUCUGGGGUCCGGACUUCCCGACCCUUUUCUGUAAUUGCUGCACUUUUGUGAACUGAAAUAUUUAUCAUACUGAUUGUGGAACAGUGGCGCUGGCAUGCCCCCCCUACUCACUCACCCCCUGCUGCCCCCCCCCCCUGCCCCCCCCCCCGAUCCAUUUCAGCACAACUUCAGCCACAAAACAUAAGCUUACAUUUUAAAAUGAAUUCAUGAUUACCUGUAUGCAGAAUGUUCAGCGCUUAUUUUAGUAAAUUCCUUGGUUUAUGUUAAUAUACCAUGGAAAUUAAGUGUUGUGAAUAAUUUUUUGAAUCCAGUUUUCCACCUUCAGCUCUCAGACUUGCUGUUUUCCUGCACCCAUGUUUUGUUUUUUAACCAAUCUGUCUCCUUUUUGAUGUAACAUUUUUUGAGUAUUUAGCUUCUACGGAGGCUGUAAUUGUCAGUCUGUUGCAGUUUCCCCCCCCCCCCACACCCAUCAACACCACCAGGUACAAACUCACCUGAACCUUAUUUAUAGAACCUGAGGUAGACUUUUAUGAAUGUUUACAAAUGACUACUAGAAACAGAAUUUGUGUGAGGCUUUGGUUUAGUUUUUAGCCAGUUUCCUCUCUUAGCUGAAACACACAAUUGAGCAUAAUUUUGUAUGCUCUUUUGUAAGUUAAACAUAAGGUUUCAGACUUUUUUCUGUUCAGUGUGUUUUUCCUCAUUUAUCUUCUGUUAGUCGCUACAUUUUAAUCGGGAUCAUGUGUUAAGUCCAUUUGUCCAUUUAACUGUAGUGUUUUGGGUUGUUUUUUUUUUUUCCUUUUUGCUGUUUUUGCAGUUAUACAAGAUUUGAAGGGCUAUGAACACUUUGAAUCAUUCAGUAAGACUUUUUGAAGUGGUAAUUUGUGAGGCAUAUGUAGCAAUAACAAAAAGAUUUAGAUAUAGCUUGAUUAAAAUCGCAGUAGAUGGUUUGACACAGAAAGGAGGCACACCUAGCUCACAAUGUGUAACAGGUAGUAUAAGAAGCACUGACCAUCACUCUUUACUUGAUUCAUUUUAUUCCAUUUUUAUGGGCCUAAUAAUGGUGUAUUUGUCAUACUUUAACAUUGUUGUACUCUGUAAAAAUGGUUUAAAUGUAUUCUCAACUAAUUAUCUUGUGAAGGGCGUCAGGUUGGUAAAACUUUGCUUUACCGUCUUAAUCUCAACAUUGUACAUUUUUUAAAAAAUAAUUCUGUUGUGCUUUGCAUGUUGCUUAUAAUGUAACAUGAACAAAUUAUUUAUAAACUUAACAUAGUCAAUACUUGUUUCUUUGCAGGACAAUGGUUAGUUGUGCUCAACAUGUAACAGCUUUGGCCAUCAUGACAUAGAUUUUUGGGUCCAUGCUGCUACUGUACGUGGGAGGUUUUAUGAAUGUGUUUGUGUGAGCACCAAUGAAUAAACACAGUUAAAAGGUU